AUGGCUGAGCAGCCUCCUUCAGGAGAUGACCCCAUCGCGCUCCUUGAAGCGAUCAAUGAGGAAACUGGGAGAAAGCAAGAGAUUUCUAUUUUUCCUGGCUAUGAGAUUCGCAUCGGCAGAGAUGACAAUUGUGAUCUUUCAAUUCCGGAAGUCCACAUUUCGAAGCAACACUGCCGCAUAUACUCGAUCAUAUAUGAACGCGUCGCGAAUCCCCAAUUUCCUCCCCUUGUUUAUUGCGAGGACCUCGAGUCUUCAAAUGGGACGUAUGUCAAUGGCGUUCGUAUUGGUACCAUUGGGGGCGAGUGCAGAGGUUACCUCCUCAGCGAUGGCGACAUAAUACAUAUCCGUCCAAAUUGGAAGCUCUCCUUCAGCCAGCUAAAUGAAACGGUAAUCUCGAGAGAGAGGACCGAGCUUAAUGAUCUUCAGCACUUCCACGAUCGAUUUGAUGUGACCGAUCGCCUCCUUGGUACAGGCCAAUUCGGGUCAGUGUAUCUGGCUAAAGAGGUGGCGACUUCUAGGCAGAUGGCGUGCAAGAUUGUCAAACUUGACCUAGCCGGAGGUCAGAAACCCGCCAAAACCAAGCCUUAUUCAAAUACCGGAGACGAAUGGCAGACGCAGGCUCUUCGUGCAAAGGAUGGGAGAGAGAUUGUUAUGCGUGAGGUCAAAAUUCUCUCUCGCCUGAAACAUCCGCACAUUAUCAAUCUCAAGAAGGCUUUUCGCUCAAGCAAUACUUUAUACCUGUUUACCGAACUAGCGUCUGGGGGGGAUCUAUUCUCUUACCUAGACUCUCACGGUGGGGUGCUUCAGGAUUGGCAAAGUCGGGUUAUUUCCUUUCAAAUCGUCCUAGCGAUCGAAUAUUUGCACUCAAACAACAUCGCCCACAGGGACAUCAAGCCAGAGAAUAUACUGAUAAGUCAAACCGGCUUUGGCGGUCGCGUCAUGCUAACCGACUUUGGCUUUGCAAAUAGUGUAAAUGAAAAGACUGGUAGAUUGAUGUCUGCGGUGGGUACCGAGGGCUACGUUGCACCUGAGGUGAAAGCAGCCGAAAGGUCGACAGAAGGUUACAAAAUGUCUGCAGAUUUGUGGUCCUUGGGCGUCCUGACAGCCUGCCUACUUACAGGCCAGUCGCUGAUCCCGCGAGAAGAUCUCUCUCAGCUUACCCAGGUGGAUAUUGCAGACCGUUUUCUUGGAAUUAGCGAUAGUUAUACAAGAGAGGACUGGUCAGAUUUAUCUUCCACGGCUCAACUAUAUCUCCGGAGGCUCUUAGUCCUUGACCCCGAAAAACGUAUGACAGCCAAGGAAGCACUGCAACAUCCAUGGUUCAGGACGCCAUCCUCAGAAGCUUCGCUCCUACAGGAACGGUACCAUCGAAUUAUCCGAUUCUGGAAUAAAUCGGCUAACGAGGGGGAUGUCAUCGAAAAUCUACCUAGCUACACUGAUACUACUCAAGCAGAAGAUAGAUCACAACCUAAAUUUCGGAGAAAAUUUCAUGAUGCUUCUUCGUCGCCAUACUUUGGUCUUGAUCGGCACCUCCACAAAAGAACCUCUCCGAAAAGACAGGCCAUCUUGGAGAUGUUGCAUGAAUCCGGCUCGCACUUUAUAUCUUCUCAGCAUGCCCACAAAGCUAGAGUUCCAAAUGCUGAAGGUCUAAACAUGCCAGCGGCAAACAUUGUUACUGUGGAUGCCAGCGAUUUGUUUGGCACAUCUUCACAGGCUGAACCUGACCGUGAUGAAGUAGAUCUUAUUCCGACCGGUCCAUAUCACAGCCUUGAUCGUACUUCGCACAAUAACAUGAAUUAG